AUGUCCAACGUAUACAGCGGUCCUUGGACCGCACACAAAGUGCGGGACGAGUUCUUCAACUAUUUCCGCUCCAAAGGCCAUACUUUUGUGCCAUCCUCGGCAACUAUCCCGUAUGAGGAUCCUACAUUGCUCUUUGCCAAUGCUGGGAUGAAUCAGUACAAGUCCAUCUUCCUCGGCACCGUGGACCCCAAUUCAGACAUGGCCAAACUAAAACGUGCAUUCAACAGCCAGAAGUGCAUAAGGGCAGGGGGAAAACACAAUGACUUGGACGACGUCGGCAAGGAUUCCUAUCAUCAUACUUUCUUCGAGAUGUUAGGAAACUGGUCAUUUGGAGAUUACUUCAAGAAAGAAGCUAUCGAGUACUCGUGGGAACUCCUGACUGAAGUCUACGGGCUUCCGAAGGAUCGUUUGUAUGUGACUUACUUUGAGGGUGACUCUAAGAAUGGCUUGCAAGCGGACGAGGAGGCACGACAGUAUUGGCGGGAUCGAGGCGUAGCAGAAGAUCACAUCCUUCCCGGUAACGCAAAAGACAACUUUUGGGAGAUGGGAGCAACAGGACCCUGUGGACCUUGCAGCGAAAUACAUUUUGACCGCAUCGGCGGACGCAACGCAGCACACCUAGUCAACCAAGACGACCCGGAUGUCCUUGAGAUAUGGAACAACGUGUUCAUACAGUUCAACCGCGAGGAAGACGGUUCCUUGAAGUCGUUACCAUCCAAACACGUUGAUACUGGUAUGGGUUUCGAGCGCCUGGUAUCGGUUGUGCAAGACAAACGCUCAAACUACGAUACCGACGUAUUCACACCGAUAUUCGAUAAAAUCCAAGAACUCACAGGGGUACGACCAUACGCUGGUAAAUUUGGAGACGAAGAUGCAGAUGGUAUAGAUACGGCGUACCGUGUGGUUGCCGACCAUGUCCGGACCUUGUCUUUUGCGCUCAGUGAUGGAGGCGUGCCCAAUAAUGUCGGUCGAGGAUACGUCCUUAGGCGGAUACUGAGACGAGGAUCUCGGUAUGCACGGAAAAAGCUGAAUGUCCCUAUUGGGUCGUUCUUCUCUUCUCUGAUGCCUGUGGUGGUUGAGACAAUGGGCGAUGUCUUCCCUGAACUCACUAAGAAAGUGGAUGAAAUCAAGGAAAUACUGGACGAAGAAGAGGAGUCAUUUUCACGGACGCUUGACCGUGGCGAGAAGCUCUUUGACCAGUAUGCUAGUCGUGCGCAGCAACAGAGUACGAAAGAGCUGAAUGGAAAGGAUGUCUGGCGCCUGUACGACACUUAUGGUUUCCCAGUGGACCUCACUCGCUUAAUGGCCGAAGAACUGCAUCUCGGGAUCAACGAUAAGGAGUUCGAGGAAGCACAAGAGGCAUCGAAACAAGCGAGUAAAGGGACUCUCAAGAAAGACAGCCAUCCUGUGAUCAAACUGGACGUACAUGAUAUAGCGGCUCUGGAGAAGAACGACGCGAUACCAAAGACGGACGACUCGGCAAAGUUCCAGCUUGGAAACAUCAUGGCUCAGGUCAAGGGAAUUUACUACAACAAGAACUUUUUCGAAUCGACGAGCAGCAUACCGGAAGAUACGACGUUUGGUGUACUUCUUGACCGAACAAGCUUCUACGCCGAAUCAGGUGGCCAAGAAUAUGAUACGGGGAAUAUCGUCAUCGACGGCGUGUCUGAUUUCGAGGUCACCAAUGUUCAAUCGUUUAAUGGCUACGUCCUCCAUAUCGGGCAUCUGAAGUACGGUAAACUCGACAUUGGCGAUGAAGUUGUGUCUUCCUACGACGAGCUGAGGCGAUGGCCAUUGCGCAGCAAUCACACUGCAACGCACAUUCUUAACUUUGGUCUCCGCGAGGUCCUCGGAGACCAUAUUGACCAGAAGGGAUCUCUGGUCGCUCCUACCAAGCUCCGAUUCGACUUCUCACACAAAUCCCAAAUUUCCCUACCCGAACUCACCAAGAUCGAGUCGAUGAGCCUAGACUGGAUCAAGAAGAACGUCAAAGUGUACAGCAAAGAACUCGAUCUCAAAUCCGCCCAACAGAUCCCUGGUCUGCGUGCCGUGUUCGGCGAAUCGUAUCCCGAUCCUGUGCGGGUGGUCACGCUUGAGUUCGAUGUCGAUGAUAUGGCGAAGGAUAUCGAAAAUCCAAAGUGGCGCAACACGAGUGUGGAAUUUUGUGGCGGCACGCAUGUUGCCAAGACGGGCGAUAUCAAGGACUUUGUCAUCACGGAGGAGUCGGGCAUCGCCAAAGGCAUUCGUAGAAUUACUGCGGUGACAGGGCAAGAAGCUCAUGAGGCUGCACGUCAAGCUAAUGCAUUCAAGGCUCGACUUGAUCAGUUAGAGGCGAUGUCGGGUAAAGAUAAAGAUGCUGGACUCAAGGCUCUCACUGUGGAACUCGGACAAGCUGACAUCUCUGUGAUUCGGAAGGCCGAAUUGAAAGACCGUCUCGCAACGGUUCGCAAAGCGUUUGACAAACAGAUCAAAGAAAAGGAGGCUGCGGCCAACAAAGCGGCUAUCGAUGCCCUCGUGCACCACUUUGACGAGAAUAAAAAUGCCGAAGGCUACUUUGCCAUAUUGGAUGUUGACGGGAAUGCCAAGAAGAGCCUUCAAAACGUCGUAACGCAAGGCAAAAAGUUGGGCAAGGCCGUGUAUGUCUUCAGCGUUGACGCGGACAAUACCAAAGUUGCACACGCAAAUCACGUUCCAGAAGCUGCGAAAGCGAAAGGUUUAGAUGCCCGUGUAUGGGCAUCCAAGGUCACCGAGGUCCUGGGAGGAAAAGCUGGAGGAAAGGAAGAUGGUGCUCAGGGUGUCGGUGUUAACUGCGGAAAGGCGGAGGAGGCGUUAAGUGCUGCAAAGGAUUUCUUUUCCCAGUACAACAAAUGAUACCGGCAUCUGGAACGAUACCGAGAAACACGGGAUAGCAGAGGAGGUCCGCAGGAAGAGUAGGUAUGGUGGUUAUACAGGACUCAGGGGGCUGAUCAAACAAUUUUCGCAUUUUGCUUAUUCUAAUUCCAGUCACAUCAAAACUAUUAUUGUCGAGAUAAAUUUGUUACAGUAUAGAUAAAGUUUCAGGGGUAAGAACGUCAUAACAAAAUGUGAGAAAACGACGGUCUAGUCAUCCUGUGCUGUCAUACUGCUUUGCAUCGGCUUCGCGCCAUAUUAAUACCGCAUUCGAUUCACGUUACUUACUGCAACGGGUCAGAACUCGAUCCAUUACAGUAAACCUAAAAUUUGGAAGUAAGCAGUGUAGCGGCCGUUUCUCAGCGGAGCCUUAGCCAACGCGAGCGGUUUGAGGCAAAGUUUUGGGGAGAAGAUAUUAGCAUAGAGUAAGGCCGAUCAGACCUUGAAUUUUCCAGUACAAUAUGGGUUGCGGUCUACCGUAUGGUAAGCACAUGAGUUCCCCUAUAUGGAAAGGAAGAGGACAGCAAAAAUGAGGACGACACAUAUGCCAGUUGCAUUUGAAGUUGUACUG